AUGGGUUUAAUCAAGAACACAGUCCACUACUGCUGCGUCUCCAGAGACAAUCAGAUCCUCUACGCUUACAACGGCGGAGACCAGAGCAACGAAAAUCUCGCGUCUUUGUGUUUGGAAAAGUCUCCGCCUUUUCACAAUUGGUACUUCGAAUCCAUCAGUAAGAGGAGGUUCGGGUUCUUAAUCGGAGAUGGGUUUGUGUAUUUAGCCAUUGUUGAUGAGGUUCUAGGGAAAAUCAGCGUCCUUAAGUUUCUAGAGCAUCUCAGAGACGAGUUUAAGAAAGCUGCGAGGAAGAAUAACAUUAGAGGAAGCUUCACUGCGAUGAUUGGCUCUGUUAAUGUUGAAUACCAGCUUGUUCCUGUUGUUUCCAAGCUCAUAGCUUCGCUUGAGCGUGAUGCUGAGGCUGCUAACAACGAUUUGAAGACUAGUAGUCUUGUUGAGCAGACGAAUUCGACUAAAGCUCAUGUGAAAGCUUUUGGGGAGGUUAAACAACAAGCAAGAGAAGAAGAAAGGGAAAGAUCAUGUGAUCUCACUUAG